AUGUCUACCGAUUUGUUGAAAAUAAUUUCCAAGGAAUAUAAUGAUUUACUUGACACUGGUGAAUUUUCAGAUGUUGAAAUAUUGGUCGGAGAAGAACCAAACACAAAGAUGUUAAACCUACAUUCUUGCAUUUUAAAACUUCGUUCAAAAUAUUUUCGUACAUUGUUAACCGGAAGUAAUCGUAUCAGCAAGACAAAAAAUAACGUUAUUAAACUUCAAAAACCUGGUAUUUCCGUCAAAAUUUAUGAAAUAAUCAUCAAGUAUAUAUACUGCGGUGUUAUUGACCUUGCAUCCAAAAAUACCAGAACAAAUGUUAUGAUCUUGAUCGCUGCUAAUGAAUUAGGUUUAACCGAAUUAUGCGAUCACGUUGAAGAUUAUCUUCUACAAGAUAUAAAAUCAUUGAAACAAAAUUUUGUCCUCAUUCAAGACGUUGCUUAUAAUUUCAAUCAUUUCAAAAAGUUAACAAAAUUCUACGAAAGCACUUUUCAACAAGAUCCUUCAUUGAUUUUCAGAGCGGAUGAUUUCACGACGAUUAAACAUGAAAUUUUACUUGACCUUCUUACUAAGGAUAAACAUUCUUUAAAAACAAUUGAAAUUUGGGACAAACUUAUUGAAUGGAGCGUUGUUCAAUCCAAUGGAUUACUUCCAUCUGACGCUACUACCUGGACCGUCGAUAAUAUUUCCACUUUUGGGGAUUUAAUUCAACCAUUUAUUUCUCAUAUCAACUUUAAAGUUAUGAAUCCUUCAGACUUUCUUCGGAAGAUUAAACCUUUCAAGAAAAUUUUCGAUAAAGAUUUUUAUAUUGAAAUUCUUGAGUAUUAUUCUUUUAAAACUUGUUCUCAUUCUCAACAAUCUAAACAAAGUUUUGCACUUACCAAACUAACAAAAUUUUGUCAACUUUGUAAGAAAAUUUCAAGCACCGACUUUUUUAUGUAUAAUUACGAAUUACUUGUCCUGGAGGUAGAAAUGGAUAGAUAG